GUUUGUUAUUGUUAUCCUCACAAAAAAAAAAACUCAAUCACAACCUUUUUCGCCACUCUCCCCUCUUAUUCCUCUUUCUCUCUCUCUAUUCUGUUGCCGCCGUCGCUAGCUACACUGCAAAAGCACCAGGCUGAACAACACCCGCAACAAUGGCGAACUACGACCUAACACCGAGAAUCGCGCCGCAUCUAGACCGUCAUCUGGUGUUUCCGCUGCUCGAAUUUCUCCAAGAACGUGAAAUGUACUCGGAAGCUCAGCUCCUUAAGAAUAAGAUCGAGCUUCUUAGCAAAACUAAUAUGGUCGAUUACGCGAUGGACAUCCAUAAGAGCCUCUACCACACUGAUGACGUUCCUCAAGAGAUGGUGGAUAGGAGAGUAGAGGUUGUUGCGAGAUUGAAGUCUUUGGAGGAAGGUGCGGCGCCUUUGGUUUCGUUUCUUCAAAAUGAGGAUAAAGUUCAGGAAUUGCGUGCUGAUAAACAAUAUAAUCUUCAGAUGCUCAAUGAGCGUUACCAGAUUGGUCCAGAACAGAUUGAGGCGUUGUAUCAGUAUGCAAAAUUCCAAUUUGAAUGUGGGAACUACUCUGGGGCAGCUGAUUUUCUGUAUCAGUACAGAGCCCUCUGCACCAACAGUGAAAGAAGUCUCAGUGCAUUGUGGGGAAAGCUUGCAGCUGAAAUAUUAAUGCAAAACUGGGACAUUGCCCUUGAGGAACUUAACCGUUUGAAAGAGAUAAUUGAUUCUAAGGCUUUCCCAUCGCCUUUGAAUCAAGUGCAGUGUAGAAUUUGGCUGAUGCACUGGAGCUUAUUUAUCUUUUUUAACCAUGACAACGGCAGGACUCAGAUAAUUGACCUGUUUAAUCAGGACAAGUAUCUUAACGCUAUUCAAACAAAUGCCCCCCAUCUUUUGCGUUAUCUAGCAACUGCAUUCAUUGUUAACAAGAGGAGGAGGCCGCAGUUCAAAGACUUUGUUAAGGUCAUUCAGCAGGAGCAAUGUUCUUACAAAGAUCCCAUCACUGAGUUUUUGGCAUGUGUGUAUGUCAAUUAUGACUUUGAUAUGGCACAACAAAAGUUGAGGGAAUGUGAAGAAGUCAUACUAAAUGAUCCAUUUCUUGGAAAACGAGUUGAGGAAGGCAAUUACACUACUGUCCCAUUAAGGGAUGAGUUUUUGGAAAAUGCCCGGCUUUUCAUGUGUGAAACCUAUUGCAGGAUACAUCAGCGCAUUGACAUGCGAGUCCUCGCUGAGAAAUUGAAUUUGAGUUAUGAGGAAGCAGAGAGGUGGAUUGUGACUCUCAUACGCUCUUCUAAGCUUGAUGCCAAGAUCGACUCUAAAUUGGGCACCAUAGUGAUGGAACCAAAUUACCCUAAUGUGUAUGAGCAGCUCAUUGAUCACACGAAAGCGUUGUCAGGACGUACAUACAAAUUAGUGGGUCAACUUCUUGAGCAAGGACAAGCACAAACAGCAAGGUAGUUUUCAACUAGGAAGUUGCUGUGGGUGUUUAAGUUCGUGACUUUGUGUAGAUGAGAUCUCGUAACAUCUGUCUUAUUGAUUUUGUUUUCGUAUUAGCAACACCUGCUUAAAUCAGAAAUUUUGCGGGAAAGUUGGCUGAUUUUGUUAUUUUUGAUCUCUUUUCGUAAAAUGCAUACUGCAGUUUUGCAUGGAGCAUGUCUUUUGUUUAUUACGGAGUAUGUAUUUAUGCAGUUGAUCACUCUGACUUGUGAGUUGUGACAGAAAAACAUAGGAUUUUAGAAGAGAAAAAAGGAAACCAUAAUUCAUACUCGUACAUUCACUA